AUGGCAGCAGCGAAAGACCUCGUGGAUGAUUUUCGCUCCUUUAGGAAGUUUUAUACUUGGGACAAAUACGUUAAGUACCUGGGCGCGAGCGAGGGGAUUGUCUUCAACGCUCCUAUCGAGACGCAGUACGGUACAGGCACAUCAGAACUGCACGAGCUGGCCGAGAGAUUGUCUCGGAACGUUGCACCUUCACAGGGGGACGAUGGCAGGGUUCAUGUGCCAUCGGAUGAUGACGGCCACCGCGGUAUACCUUUUGGAGAGUGGCUGGAGCUGUUUCUUGAUUUUGCAAUAAGCCUGGCGCUCGAGGGACAUGGCCACGAAGCCUAUCAGGUCUGCGAGGCCGCUCGAGACUCGAUUGUCUUCGUGAACUCAAAAGACUUCAUGUUUCUCAUUCAUGUGGCAUGGGCCGGUAAGUUUGAAACCUGCCUCACGGCAUCUGGACAUAUCUAA